AUGGUUUCUUCAUAUUUUCUUUGGGUCGUCUUUGCUCUGGGAGCAACGGCUCUUCCAGCUCCAGCCUUGACCUUUUCAACUGGUGCAGCACAACCCGCAGAAAAACAAGUCAUAUCCGAAUACUUCGAUAUGUUGGGUCAGAAAAUUCAAGCAGGAAGGAAAAUGUCGCAGGCUCCGAUAUGCAACCUCAACAAAGCCGUUCAACCAAUUUUAUCUCCAACACCUUUACCCGGACCCUCAACAGGUCUCAUCUUAAAGCACGUCGCCAUCGGCCGCGGAACCCAAAACUACACAUGCGGCACCAACGCAACCGCAGCUCCCGUCGCAGUAGGCGCAGUAGCAACCCUCUUCAACGCCUCCUGCGUCGCAUCCACCUACCCGGAUCUCCUCUCCAAACUCCCCAACGUCGCCCUCCAAUUCAACCUCAAUCUCUCCCCCUCCUCCCCCAUGCAAAACCUCAACCCCGCCAACCUCAUGAUAAGCGGCCACCAUUUCUUCACCAACCCUUCCACCCCAUUCUUCGAUCUCGAUACUAAGAAUUGGGCAUUGGGACGAGGAGCCUUUGCGAAAAGUGAUGCACUUGCAGCUCCGGUUGGCGCAUCGGUCGGUCAGAAUAAUCAAGGGUAUGGCGCGGUAGCUUGGUUGAAGUUGACGGCGAAGGAUGGGGUGACAGGUGGUCUGCAGGAGGUUUAUAGGGUUAAUACUGCUGGGGGGUCUCCACCAACGACUUGUAAGGAUAAUCUGGGGAGUAGCUUUGAUGUGCAGUAUGCUGCUGAAUACUGGUUCUACGAAGAAGCAUGA